AUGUCGACUUCGACAAAACUCGCUCAACAACUCCGUCGCAUAUCUGCAGAAUGGCCUAACGACCCACUCAGACCCAAUAUGCAACUAAAAACAUUCCUAAACUCCCUGGCUGAUCACCCGAAACUCAGCCCAGCGGCUGUCACCGCAGCCCAGGUGCUUCAGGAGAACCGCAUAUCGAAGAAAUUUCCUAUCCCAGAAAAGAUACUUAAGCCGGCUUCCAUGCCGUAUCAUUACGAUCGUCUCGUGGAGGGAUACGAGAAGAGUCUCAAAGGCAUCGGGAGACCAUGGUGGAAAAUCUUUUUUGGAGUGUGGUAG